AUGAAUACAACAGUUGAUUUUGCACAAGAUGAUAUGAAUGGAAGUCUCAGUGAUGAUUGGGAAAAUUAUAAAGCUUAUACAAGAUUUUAUUAUAUAACAGAUGAAGUUUUUCUAUAUGCUAAUCCAGUAUUAGUUCUUAUUGGUAUUCCAACACAUGCAUUAUCAAUGAUAAUAUUUCUUCGUAAACGUAUGCGUCGUUAUCCAGUAUCUGUAUUUAUGGCUAUGUUAUCAUUAACAAAUAUUCUUAUUCUAGCUGGUCCAGUAACUAUGCAAUGGCUUAAUCAUAAAGUUUUUAUUGGUUUUGUUGUAACUGGUUCACGUUUUUUAUGUGCAUUUCAUGUUUAUAUUGAUUUAGUUGGUUCAUCAAUUAAUUCUUGGUUAAUAUUAAUGAUUGCUGUUGAACGUUAUUUAUCCGUAACAAAACCAUUUCUAAUUCGAACAAGUUUUAAUCGUCGACAAGCAUGGAUUAUUGUAUUUAGUGUAGCUUUAGUUGCACUUAUAGCACCACUUGGUCUUGCUAUAGUUGCAUCGAAAGUUAAUGGAUGUCUUUUAUUUUUUUCUCGAACAUAUCAAAUAAUUGGUUCAAUACAAAUCUUUUUUAUUUAUGUUUUACCAUCAAUAUUUAUCUUAACAUUAAGUAUAAUUACAGUACAUAAAUUACGAAAUCGUAUACGUGCAAGUGGUCCACGACGUAUACAUAUAAGUGUUAUGUUAAUAGGUGUUUCAUUUUCAUUUAUAACAUUUACAAUGCCAUAUCAGAUAUGUUGGUAUUGGUUAUUUUCAACUGCAAUUAGUCGUGCAGAUAUAAAUUUAAAAGUUAAUAUAAUUAAUAUUGGUUUACGUUAUUUAGCUUUAACAAUAAGAAAUUUAAAUUAUACAUUAAAUUUUUUUCUUUAUUCUUUAACAUCAACUGUUUUUCUUAAAGAAGCAUUUACAAUAGCACAUUGUAAUUUUUUUCUUAAUCAAAGAUUUAUUGAACGUAAUCCAGCAUUUAAUGGUUUACGUCGUUUUUUUACAUUAGCUGAUGAACAACGUGAACAACAACAAGUUAAUGGCCUUAUUAAUCAAGAUAAUCCUGAUAAUGAAAAUAAUAAUCAUAAUUAUCAAACAUUUUCAAAACAUUUAAAUCAACAACUUUUACAAAAUGAUACUAAAACAUUAAAUAAUGAAUUUUUAAAUGGACAUUUAAAUUCGAAUACAACGAAAACAAAUGUAUCAAUUGAUUUAAAACAAUUAACAAUAAAACCAAAACAAAAAAAAUUAAAAUGGAAUUUAAAACCAAUGAAACAACAAACAUUAUCAUCACAUCAUUUACAUCUUAAUGAUGAUGAUCAACUACAACAAUAUUCAUCACCAUCAUCAAAUCAUACAUCAACAACAAAUAUAUCUGAAAUAAAUAAUAAAAUUCAUGAAUAA